AAACAUUCAAAGAGAAGCAAAAUUAGUUAUUUCAAGAGCUUCAGCUCAAAUUAAGUACAAUCAUGGUUACCAUUCAAGUUUUUGUAGCAUUAAUUCUUUGGGUUUUACAUGGACAUGCUGUAAAUGGUUUGGCAAUUAUUGAAAGUAAUUUAGAAAAUAUUUCUAACGCGAAUCAUUUGGAACCAAUAUUAUCAAAUGACAAGUAUCCAUCGUUCAAGUUGGAUAAUAGUUAUUAUAAGAUUCACACAGAUCCACAAGUUUGGAAUGAUGCACGAAAAAUUUGUAAUAAUGAAGGCGGUUAUUUAGCAAUAUUGAAUACAGAUUUAGAAGCUCGAUAUUUAACUUCUUUAAUAAACGGUCUUUAUCCAUAUUCAAGUUUAGAUGAUUCAAUUCCAAAUAAAUAUUUUAUUUUCAUUGGAUUCCAUGAUUAUUUCCAAAAUGGUGAAUAUGUUACAAUUGAUGGUUUAAAUAUAGAAAAAUCAGGAUUUAACAAUUGGAGCCCUGGUGAACCAAGUAGUCCAGGUGUUGAAAAUUGCGGAUCAAUAGAGCGAAAUGGCCUCUUAAAUGACUAUUUUUGUGAUGCAAAAUCAAUCUUUAUUUGUGAAAUACCAGCGAAACAAUGAGAGAUGUAACUGAUAUUUCUAAACCUACUUAUGAGUUUGAUGAGAAAAAAUUGGAAUGGUUUUUGAUAAAAAAUUGCCGCAAGUGGAUCAUAUAAUAUCUGGAAUGAAAUAUAUUGGAAUAA